AUGGCGGCGGCCGGGGCUCGGCGGCGGCGGUUGCUGCGGCUGCUGAUGCAGCUCGGCUCGGUGCUGCUCACGCGCUUCCCCUUCUGGAACUGCCUCAGCGCCCUCAUGCUCUUCGCGGAGCGGGCCGACGCCCGCAGGAAACCUGACAUCCCCGUCCCGUAUCUGUACUUGGACAUGGGGGCAGCGGUGUUGUGUGCCAGCUUCAUGUCCUUCGGGGUGAAGCGCAGGUGGUUUGCACUGGGAGCUGCCCUUCAGCUGGCAGUCAGCACGUACGCGGCGUAUAUCGGGGGCUAUGUGCACUACGGUGACUGGUUGAAGGUGAGGAUGUACUCACGAACCAUAGCUAUCAUUGGUGGGUUCCUGAUCUUGGCGAGUGGGGCUGGUGAGAUCUAUCGUCAGAAGCCACGGAGCAGGUCCCUGCAGUCCACCGGGCAGGUCUUCCUCGGCAUCUACCUCAUCUGCGUGGCCUAUUCCCUCCAGCACAGCAAAGAGGAUCGUCUGGCUUACCUCAACCACAUCCUAGGUGGCGAGAUCACCCUGCAGCUACUCUUCAUCCUCUAUGGGGUGCUGGCCCUGUCAUUCCUGUCCGGUUAUUACAUCAGCACGGCCGCCCAGAUCCUCUCGGUGAUCCUGCCCCUGGUCAUCCUGUUCAUUGAUGGGAACCUCGGCUACUGGCAUGACUCCCGGCGUGUCGAGUUCUGGAACCAGAUGAAACUCAUCGGGCAGAACGUUGGUAUCUUCGGGGCUGUCAUCAUCUUGGCCACGGAUGGUUGA